AAACGCGUUGCUUUCUUUCUUCCGUCGAGCGUGAUCCACCAGUACGUCCAUUGUGAGAAAAUGACUAACCAACUCUGUAAACUCUUCGUCGGCGGCUUGAACGUCCAAACAACCGAUGAAGGCUUGCGGGCACAUUUCGAGCAAUAUGGACAGCUAACCGACUGCGUGGUGGUGAUGAACCAGCCGCUACAGCGCUCCAGGUGCUUCGGCUUUGUAACAUACUCGAGCACCGAGGAAGCGGACGCCGCCAUGUCUGCUAGGCCUCAUAUCGUAGACGGCAACAACGUGGAUCUGAAGCGAGCGGUGGCCCGGGAAGACGCCGGUAAACCGGAGAUGCUCGCUAAGGUCAAGAAAAUAUUCGUUGGUGGACUGAAAGACGACAUCGAGGACGAACACCUUCAAGAUUAUUUCUCACAGUUUGGGCCCAUCGAGAAGGCGCAGGUCAUAACCGACAAAGACACCGGGAAGAAGCGAGGCUUCGGCUUUGUUUACUUCGACGACAACGAUUCUGCCGACAAAGCCGUCGUGAUGAAGUUCCACUCCAUCUGCGGACACAAGGUGGAGGUGAAGAAAGCGCUCACUAAGCAGGAGAUGCAGUCCACCGGUGGCGGUCGCGGCGGCAGAGGAGGCCGAGGAAUGGGCCGGGGAAGCGGCUUUGGUGGCGGCGGAAGAGGGGGUUACUAUAACGACUACGGCUACCAGAACAACGGCUUCGGCAACAAUUCCGGCUACGACAGUCAAAACGGCUACGGAGGCGGUUAUAGUGACCAGAUGGGCGGUGGAUACGGCAACGGGAAUGGCUACAGUGAUUUCGGCGAGGGUUAUGGACAGCAGGCUUCGGGCUACGGCGCUAUGAAAACGGGCUACGGGAAUUAUUCUUCCGGUAGGCAGAGCAGUGGGCCGUACCCACGUGGGGGAGGAGGCGGCGGUAGUGGCGGCUACGGAAGAGGAGGAUAUGGAGGCUAUUAGAAGCACUAAUGUGACUCUAAGCUGCGUUUUUACUUUUAUUUUUUUAAGCAAACUAUUUGGACUCUGGACUUUCAAAAUAUUCGGUAUUGGUUUAAAUAAGAGCAUCGUUCUGUGCCAUUACCAGUACCAGCAGACACGCGUUGCGUUUCUUUUCUUUGUUUCGGUUUUAGGUGGUCAUGUGUUACCCAAGUCAAGCCUGUAAAACACCAGUGUAGGCUUUUGUGUGAUCUGUUUCUAGGUUUAUUGCCUGUCCAUUGUUUGGAGACGAAACUCAGGGGUAAUAAUGAAAUUUAAGCAGCUCGUUUUCAUCGUGACCUCCUAAUAUUCUUUGUUUUUUGAGUGUAAUAUAAUUUUUGUUUUAAUGCUGUCACACCGUUCCUAUUGUACAACUGUUUUAAAGUUUUUCAUUUGAUCUGAAAGUUGCCAUACGCCUUUUGACCAUUAAAAACCAAUCUUUUUCAUAAA